AUUUCGAUACACUUUAUACAACGUGCAAGGUCACAAGACUUUGGAUGCAGGAAAACUAAAGGAAGGGAUAUAUACUUGGUUAACUAAACAAUAAGAGAGGUUAAAUCAUUCAGCCUAUUAUAUAGCAGUUACAUUUGGGAACUUGCAAGGGAUUUGUAGACUGGGCGUUACACGUCUAAAAUAUCUAAGUAUAUAUACAGGCUACUUUUUUCAUGUUCUAAGUAGCUCAUAAAGAUCAAGACUACAUAAACCUGCACUGGAUAACAGAAUUUUACAUCGUCCACAUGGAAAUUACACCGACCUGAAAUUAUAAUAGUGAUGUCGGAGCUCAUGCGGAGCCCCUGAACGCAGCACCAGUGUGUGAGAGCUGUGUAGAGGAAGUGGCGGUUGAUCUGGGUCCGCACCUUUUCCGGUAACACAGCACCGCCGCCGCUGUGACUGAACGGCUGGAGAGAAAGAGGGAGGAAGAGAGACGGAGAGCGGCAAGAGCGGGGAGAAACGGCCCGGGGACUGGGGGAUGAUAGCCGCAGACGUAGGGGGAAGAGAAGAAAGUCGGAUGAAUCAAUGACCUUUUGAGCGCUCUUGCUCUGGAUGUCCCGAUGCAGAAACGGACCGGAGAGCUCAUAUUUUGGUGUGUUUUAAUGAGAUAAACGCCGUGCUUUGAAAAUUCAUCGACUGGGAUUGGCUAAGGGCAAGUGUGGACAGUCGGCAGCCAAGGAGGAAGUGGGAACCCCGGCUUGGACUGGGCCUGAUUUAUAUACGAGGCUAGGCUCUUUUUUUUUUUUCCUGUAUCAAGUCCAGCUCAGAGUAACAGCAUUUUUGAAGGAGAAAAAAGACUUGAAAUGUGGAUUUUGAAAGAAGUCUGUGCUCAACGGCUAGUUUGAAACAAGGGGAUGUCAUUUUGUCUUCUUACAUCGGAGGGCAGUGGAUCAUGACAAUAUAUCCACACCCAAUUCUGCGAGGGCUCCAUACAUACUGCUCCCACUGAAUGCUCAAAGCUCAGGUCAGAUUAUCAUAGUCCAGCUAAUUGUAGUGGUGUGUUAUCCAACUGUACAAACUUGAAAGUCACCGCCUUUUGAACACUGACACUUGUGUCAGCCCACCGCUGCCAUCACGUGGAGGGCUCUCGGCACACACUGAAACUGUAACUUCUCAGUUGUAUUGAAAACAACUUCUUUCUCUCAUUAGAGAAGUCUCUUUUUUUCUCUCCUAACAAAGUAUUUAUGCACAGCAAACAAGAUGGGGAAAAUGCUCUCAAAGAUCUUUGGAAACAAGGAGAUGAGAAUAUUGAUGCUUGGACUUGAUGCUGCUGGUAAAACUACCAUCUUGUACAAGCUGAAGCUGGGACAGUCAGUCACCACCAUCCCCACUGUUGGAUUCAACGUGGAGACUGUCACCUAUAAGAAUGUGAAGUUCAACGUGUGGGAUGUGGGGGGCCAGGACAAGAUCAGGCCACUUUGGAGACAUUACUACACUGGCACCCAGGGCCUCAUUUUCGUGGUGGACUGUGCCGACAGGGACAGGAUCGACGAGGCGAGGCAGGAGCUCCACCGAAUCAUCAAUGACCGGGAGAUGAAGGACACCAUCAUCCUGAUCUUCGCCAACAAACAAGACCUCCCAGAUGCCAUGAAACCCCACGAGAUCCAGGAGAAGCUAGGCCUGACCCGGAUCAGAGAUAGGAAUUGGUACGUUCAGCCCUCGUGUGCGACAACAGGGGAUGGACUAUACGAGGGCCUGACCUGGCUUACCUCAAAUUACAAAUCUUAAUGGUUCUCCCUUCACCAGCCUGGACACUUGGAGGCAAAAAAAAAAAAGUAGCUGAGAAUGAAAACAUGAGUUAAAAAAAAAUGCAAUCUGAAGAAAUUAAUACCAUGAUCUCUCUGCUGAGUAUGUAUACAAGAGAGUAGCAAUUAUAUUUUGUUUUAUUUUUCUUUUUGAUAAUGAUGACUUCACUAUAACCCCAGAUUUCAUUUAAACAAGAGACAAUUGUUUUUUUGGCUUUCUUUCUUUCUUUUGCUUUUUGGUAGUUCGCUUUGGUUCACAUUCUGUAUAAUCAGUGCUGUUUAAAUAUACAAUAAGCUUACUUUUGAGCUCUUGGUGCAAGUUCUUUUGUUUUCCUCCUUUUUUUUUUUUGGUAUCAUUUCUUUUAGGGGACUUUGAGACACACACUUUUAGUCUUUUAGUUUUGCCCCUGCUUGGCUCUCAUUCAGUAUUCUCAUGACCCAGCGACAUAUCCAAAGGAUGGGAAAGUCCAGAAACCAUUGCCUACCAUCAGCAUAUCACUUUCAUGGCUCAAACUGUCUGUCUAAUUUGUAAGAAUGUGUAUUACGGAUAUGUUAGGACCUCGAAAAAAAACCCAACUGUUUUCAUAAUUGAUUGUACUGGGAUGACUGAGGAAAUGUGUGAUCCUGUGCAAUGAUUGCAUCCAUCAUGUCUACUGUGGGGGUUUGUUUGAAAGACAUUACGUGGACGCUGGAUAUUCACACACACACUGUGAUAUGGAUAUAUACUUUUGUUGUUUCAGUGUCUGAAACCAUUACCACCAGUCUUAUUACUGCCUCUUCUGUUUCUCCCAGAGCUUCCAUUACUGUUGGGUAUUUGUAGUUUGAGCUGCCUUAGGAGGAACCCAGGUUACAGGUGCCCCAAAAUCAAGACGGUAUGCUCAACUGCUGAGUUUGCACUUUUGGGGGGGGGGUUAUUACCAACUAGCUGGCUGUGCACAUUUUGGUUUUCUGUGACUGACUUUUGGACCCUAGCAGGUGCCUGUUCCCAACCCCCCACCACCCCCAGUGUAGGUGCUUCAGUGACUGCAACCCUCCUCUUCUUUUCCUUUUUUUACUCAUCGUCAUUCGCCUGUA